AUGACCGUGAUGGCUGGAGAGAACAUGGAUGAGACCUCUGUCCUGCCAGGUCACCCCCAGGAUAGCUACCAGCCAGACGCCCAUGAUGACCAUGAGUGCUGCGAGCGGGUGGUGAUCAACAUCGCCGGGCUGCGCUUUGAGACCCAGCUGAAGACCCUAGCCCAGUUCCCCAACACGCUGCUGGGCAACCCCAAAAAGCGCAUGCGGUAUUUUGACCCAUUGCGCAAUGAGUACUUCUUUGACCGGAACCGGCCCAGCUUCGAUGCCAUUCUCUAUUACUACCAGUCUGGAGGCAGGCUCCGCAGGCCGGUCAAUGUGCCUCUGGACAUGUUCUCUGAGGAGAUCAAGUUCUAUGAGCUAGGUGAGGAGGCCAUGGAGAAAUUCCGGGAGGAUGAAGGGUACAUCAAGGAGGAGGAGAGGCCCUUGCCCGAGAAGGAAUACCAGCGCCAGGUGUGGCUCCUGUUUGAGUACCCAGAGAGCUCCGGGCCAGCCAGGGUCAUUGCAAUAAUCUCAGUCAUGGUGAUCCUCAUCUCCAUAGUCAUCUUCUGCCUAGAAACUUUGCCGGAUCUGAAGGAGGACAAGGACUUUACAGGGACUCUGCACCGCAUUGACAACUCCACAGUGAUCUACAAGUCCAACAUUUUCACCGACCCUUUCUUCAUCGUGGAAACCCUUUGCAUCAUCUGGUUCUCCUUUGAGCUGGUGGUGCGCUUCUUCGCCUGUCCCAGCAAGCCCGAGUUCUUCAAGAAUAUCAUGAACUUCAUUGACAUAGUGGCCAUCAUCCCCUACUUCAUCACCUUAGGAACUGAGAUGGCUGAGCAGGAAGGUACCCAAAAGGGGGAGCAGGCCACCUCUCUGGCUAUCCUGAGAGUCAUCAGACUGGUAAGAGUCUUUAGAAUCUUCAAACUCUCCAGACAUUCUAAGGGCCUCCAGAUUUUGGGACAAACCCUCAAAGCAAGCAUGAGAGAGUUAGGUUUACUAAUCUUUUUCCUCUUCAUUGGGGUGAUCUUGUUCUCCAGCGCGGUGUAUUUUGCUGAAGCUGAAGAACCUGAGUCUCAUUUCACAAGCAUCCCUGAUGCUUUCUGGUGGGCUGUGGUAAGCAUGACCACUGUGGGAUAUGGUGACAUGUACCCUGUGACAAUUGGAGGCAAAAUUGUAGGCUCCUUGUGUGCCAUCGCUGGCGUGCUGACAAUUGCCCUGCCCGUACCUGUCAUCGUGUCCAACUUCAACUACUUCUACCACCGAGAAACAGAAGGGGAAGAACAGGCUCAGUUACUCCAUGUUAGCUCCCCCAAUUUAGCAUCUCACAGUGAUCUGAGUCGCCGUAGCUCCUCCACAAUCAGCAAAUCUGAGUACAUGGAAAUCGAAGAGGAUAUGAAUAAUAGCAUAGACAAUUUUAGAGAGGCUAAUCUCAGAACUGGCAACUGCACCAUAGCCAAUCAAAACUGUGUUAAUAAAAACAAACUGCUGACUGAUGUGUAA